GGUUUCAAGGGUUUCAAUGGUUUCAAUGGUUUCAAGGGUUUCAAUGGUUUCAAUGGUUUCAAUGGUUUCAAUGGUUUCAAUGGUUUCAAGGGUUUCAAGGGUUUCAAAGGUUUCAAUGGUUUCAAUGGUUUCAAUGGUUUCAAUGAUUUCAAUGGUUUCAAUGGUUUCAAGGGUUUCAAUGGUUUCAAUGGUUUCAAGGGUUUCAAUGGUUUCAAGGGUUUCAAUGGUUUCAAUGGUUUCAAGGGUUUCAAUGGUUUCAAGGGUUUCAAGGGUUUCAAUGGUUUCAAUGGUUUCAAAGGUUUCAAGGGUUUCAAGGGUUUCAAAGGUUUCAAGGGUUUCAAGGGUUUCAAUGGUUUCAAGGGUUUCAAGGGUUUCAAGGGUUUCAAGGGUUUCAAUGGUUUCAAGGGUUUCAAGGGUUUCAAAGGUUUCAAGGGUUUCAAGGGUUUCAAGGGUUUCAAAGGUUUCAAUGGUUUCAAGGGUUUCAAAGGUUUCAAGGGUUUCAAGGGUUUCAAGGGUUUUAAUGGUUUCGAUGGUUUCAAGGGUUUCAAUUAUUUCAAGGGUGUUGAUGGUUUCAAGGGUGUCGAUGGUUACAAGGGUGUCGAUGGUUACAAGGGUGUUGAUGGUUUCAAGGGUUUCAAUGGUUUCAAGGGUUUUAAUGGUUUCGAUGAUUUCAAGGGUUUCAAUGAUUUCAAGGGUGUCGAUGGUUUCAAGGGUGUUGAUGGUUACAAGGAUGUUGAUGGUUUCAAGGGUGUCGAUGGUUACUAAUUCUAAGACGCUCUUUCUAGCUGUUAAAGUGGUAUAUUUCGUUGUUCUUAUUUAGAUUAAAAUUUAGUCUAAAGCGCAAGUCGUCCAUUUGUUUAGCUAACUCAGGUGAGGCGCUGAGGCCUAUCGAAUGA